AUGCUGCCAGUACCGAUCGGUCGGGCGAGCGCGUCUCGCUUCCCCACCUCUCUCCAUGAUACCGUUGCAGAUCAGGCGAGCGGUAGUCGCCUCCGCGUCUCUCAUCACGAGGGUAACGAGGACCUGGAGAGCGCAGCUCCCCCCCGCUUCUCCAGUUGUGAUACCUCCGCGGAUCUGGUGAGCGCACGCUUCCCCCGCGUCCACUGUCCUGGUGUCGCAGUAGCUCUGGCGAGCGGUAGCCGCCUCUGCGCAAUUCUUCCUGCAGCUGCUGCCGUCCUGGCGAGCGGUAGCCGCUUCCGUGCCUCCCAUCCUCGUGCGGGAGACGCGGGUCUGGCGAGCGCGUGCCGCCACCGCGUUCCCCGUCACGAUUCUGCCGCCGAUCUGGCGAGCGCGUACCGCCGCCACGCCCCCCUUCCCGAUACAUCCGUGGAUCCGGCGAGCGCGUGCCUCCGUCGCGUCCCCCAUCACGAUUCAGCCGAGGCUCUGGCGAGCGCGCACCGCCGCCGCGUCCUCCGUCCCGAUUCAGGCGCGGAUCAGGCGAACGCGCGCCGUCGCCACGUCCCUCGUCACGCUGCUGACGCGGAUCUGGAGAGCGCGCGCCGCCGCCACGCCCCCCUUCCCGAUACAUCCGUGGAUCUGGCGAGCGCGUGCCUCCGUCGCGUCCCCCAUCACGAUUCAGCCGAGGCUCUGGCGAGCGCGCACCGCCGCCGCGUCCUCCAUCGCGAUUCAGGCGCGGAUCAGGCGAACGCGCGCCGUCGCCACGUCCCUCGUCACGCUGCUGACGGGGAUCUGGAGAGCGCGCGCCACUGCCACGCCCCCCGCCGUCACCUUUCUCUCCGUCGCGCGGCAGGUCUCGGGUAUACCGCCCUUUUCUUCCGCCUCCGCCGUGCUCGGCUCCGCCGCCACGCCCGCCUGCGCGGGAUCGUCGUCAUCAACUCCAGCGGGCAUCUCGCGCUGCUCGCCUGCGCCUUCCUCCUGGGGUUCGUCAUCGCCCUUGGUCUCGCCUUCACGAUUCGUCUCCCGCACUCGAUUCGCCGAGUCGGCCUCGUCUUCUCCAUCCACAUCAAGAUCGCCUUAGCGACCCGAGAAGAGCCCCUCCAGACCUCGCCCGCGACUUCUCUCUUCGCGACGGCGAUAGCCUUCCUCCGGCGAGCGGUAUGCUCCCGUGUCCUGGCGGUACCCACGACCGCCAUCCGCUCCGUGACGCCCGUCCGUCCGCCACGGGUCACUCCCCGUCGUGACGGAUCCAGAUCCGCCUCUUCCUUCUCGGGCGGAACCUCCCUCCUGGCGAUCUGGCGCGAGAGGGACCUGAUCCGCGCGAAAGGUCGGCCUCCGCGGCGAUCGCUCAGGCCGCCGCGGCGACCUCUCCAGCGAGCGCCCGCGCUCACGUGA